GAUGGUCGAUUAUUAUUACAUUGGAAACGCGUGAUUCUGUGACCUACGGAGCGGCCCCGGGCGUCGGCGAUCGAUCGAGUAUGAACAGUGUGUGCCGUAGACAUACGAGCGGGCCGCAUGUGAUACUGACUGUGUUCUGUGAUAUGUUUGCCUUAUAGAUUACGGCAUGAACCUUUAUAUGCAGUGCCAUCGCGAGGAGCGCCUCGGCGGUGGCGGGCUCGGGCUGGGCGGCGGCGGGUUCCGCGGCGGCGCGCAGCCGUCGCUCGCGGACUUCCAGCCGCCCUACUUCCCCCCGCCCUUCGCACCCGCCGCGCACCCCGCCAGCCCACACCAUCAGCAGCAGGGCCAUGGCAUGGAAUACAACGGCGGCGGUGGUGGCGAGUACGCGCAGCACUACGCGCCGCAGCAGCUGCUGCCGCGACACCACACACACCACGAGCCGCACCCGCACCUGCGACACCGCGACAGCCAUGACGUCAUACACUCGCAUCACCUGUCCCACGGCGGCUUCAGCUACGGCGGCGCGGAGCGGCGGGCGGACUACGGCGCGCGGGACCAGCACGAGCUCGCCCUACACCAUGCGCUGCACUCCGCUGACGAGACACAGAAUGCGGGAAUGGAUGAUACAAGCGGUUUCAUGACAGAUCUACCUCUUUUAAAAACGAUGAAAGGUCGCGACGGUCUGGGCGGCGGCGGGUCGUGCGCGCCCAACGACGUGUUCUGCUCGGUGCCGGGGCGGCUGUCGCUGCUGUCGUCCACCAGCAAGUACAAGGUGACGGUGGCGGAAGUGCAGCGCCGGUUAUCGCCGCCGGAGUGCUUGAACGCGUCGUUACUCGGAGGAGUGUUAAGGAGGGCGAAAAGCAAAAACGGCGGGCGGUUACUUCGGGAGAAGUUAGAGAAGAUCGGUCUCAACCUGCCCGCGGGCCGGCGGAAAGCCGCCAACGUUACACUGCUCACCUCACUUGUUGAAGCGGAGGCAGUGCACCUGGCGCGCGACUUCGGCUACGUGUGCGAGACGGAGUUCCCGGCGCGCGCGCUGGCGGAGUACCUCGCGCGGCAGUACGCCGAGCACGACGCGCGACGCCGACGAGACCUGCUGCAGGCCACCAAACAGGUGAUCAAGGAGUUGAUGGACCUGCUGAACCAGGACCGGUCGCCGCUGUGCAACACGCGGCCGCCGCACCUGCUGGAGCCCGCCAUACAGCGCCACCUCACCCACUUCUCGCUCAUCUCGCACGGCUUCGGCGGGCCCGCCAUCGUCGCCGCGCUCACCGCCAUACAGAAUUUCCUCAACGAGUCGUUGAAGCACCUCGACAAGCUGUACCCUCAGAGCGGCAUGGUGUCCUCCUCCAUGGACAAGACCAAGAUGGACCCCGACAUCAAGAAGUAACACAAGCGCUACCUCCACACACCAUAUGUUAUAACUUGCAGGGUAUUUGUUUAAACUGUUUUGUAGUUACUUUAGACGCUUCACAACUCGGUUGCGCCGAACGCCGAACUCAGUUGCGCGGUAAUCGGUA